UCGGACCGAUCAGUUGAACACACGACAGAGGAUUCAUUCUGAAGGCCGGUUGUAUGUUUGUUAGGGGGGCACUAAUGAUUGAAAUUGCAUGAGUUUCGACUCGAUGCUGUGCAAGUCUCUUGGAUCAUUAUAGGAACUUCAAAGCCCUCUGGUCAUGUUCCUCGUGAUUGUUCUGGCGGUUUCUCUCCUGGCAAACACAGCAGCGAGUCACGAAACCAGCGAUUUCGCGUACAAUGGUUUCAAGUCUGCGAAUCUGAGCCUCGAUGGUUUAGCUGCACUCACUGGCAAUGGCCUCCUGAGGCUAACCAACGUGACCAAACAGAAGGUAAGUCAUGCCUUCUACCCGGAUCCGAUCACGUUCAAGAACUCAUCCAGCGGCGCUGUCCACUCGUUCUCCACCACAUUCGUCUUUGCUAUAAUUCCCGAGUUUUCAGCUGUAGGCGGUCAUGGGUUUGCCUUUGUGAUAGCCCCUCGUAGAGAAAUUCCUGGAGCUCGGCCUAGUUUUUUUUUGGGCCUCUUCAAUGAAACCAACAACGGCAAUGCCACGAACAACAUUUUCGCUGUAGAAUUUGACACGAUUCAAAACAACGAAUUCCGUGAUAUCAAUGACAACCAUGUUGGGAUCGAUGUCAAUGGGCUGACCUCUGUAAAAUCUUCCCCAGCUGGAUACACUGAAAACAACGUGCAAGGCUUCAGAAACUUGAGUCUGAUUAGUGGUAAAGCAAUGCAAGUUUGGGUGGAUUAUGAUGCUGUGCAGAAACAAACCAGUGUCACAUUAGCUCCUGUCAAUGUUGACAAACCGAGCAUUCCCCUUUUGUCUCUGUCCUUCAAUCUCUCGCCAAUUUUCAAGGAGACCAUGUACGUUGGGUUCUCGUCUGCAACCGGCUCGCUCUUAACUUCUCAUUAUAUCCUCGGAUGGAGUUUUGAGGUAAAUGGACAAGCUCAAAGGCUUGAUUUGGCUCAACUUCCCAGAUUACCCCAUAAGAAAAAGAAGCAGAAAUCCAAUCUUCUCACCACUGGACUGCCUUUCAUGUGUUUGUUUAUUCUGUCCAUUCUAGUCGUUGCUGUGGCUUACGCAAUAAGAAAACGAAGGAAAUUCGCAGAGGUUCUUGAGUAUUGGGAGCGCGACUACAGUCCUCAUAGGUUCAAGUACAAAGAUCUCUAUGUUGCCACAAAGGGGUUCAGGGAUCAGGAGCUAUUAGGAGCUGGUGGAUUUGGUAGGGUCUAUAGAGGGGUAUUACCCAACUCAAAUACUGAGAUUGCAGUGAAGAGGGUUUCUCAUGAAUCAAGGCAAGGGAUGAGAGAAUUCAUUGCGGAGAUUAUUAGUAUUGGUCGGCUUUGUCAUCGGAACAUAGUAACGCUUCACGGUUACUGCCGUCGGAAGGGUGAGCUGCUGUUGGUCUAUGACUAUAUGCCAAAUGGAAGCCUAGACAAGUACCUCUAUAACCAACCAAAGGUGACCCUCAAUUGGAGCCAAAGAUUUAGAGUGAUCAAAGGUGUUGCAUAUGGCCUCUCCUAUCUCCAUGAAGGAUGGGAAAAAGUAGUGAUUCACAGGGAUAUCAAAGCUAGCAACAUCUUGCUAGAUUCAGAACUAAAUGGGAGGAUAGGAGAUUUCGGGCUUGCGAAACUAUAUGAUCACGGUACCGAUCCUCAAAGCACCCAUGUGGUGGGAACUCUUGGAUAUAUGGCCCCCGAGAACACACGAACAGCCAGGGCCACUACGAGCACGGACGUUUUUGCGUUUGGGGCAUUUUUGCUCGAGGUUGCUUGCGGAAGAAGACCAAUUGAGAUUCGCGAGGAGGAGGAUGUGAUACUAGUAGACUGGGUGUUUUCUUGCUGGGAUAAGGGUGACAUUCUGGAGGCAAGAGAUACGAAUUUAGGGACGGACCUUGUGGCGAAGGAGGUGGAGCUAGUGUUGCAACUUGGAUUGUUGUGCUCCCAGUUUGAGCCAACUGCGAGACCAAGCAUGCGUCGAGUAGUGGAGUACUUGGAAGGCGAUCUCGCAAUAGAGGAGUUAUCAUCACUUGGUAUUUCAAAAAGCGGAUUGCCAUUUGCAUUUAAUGAAGGUUUUAGUGUGUCUGCCAUGUCUUGUCCGUCUUCCGCAGACAAGGCAUUUUCUCAGACAUCUACCGUUGCUAACUCUCUCCUCUCUGGUGGAAGAUGAGUCUUAAAGCAUGGUAUAUUAAAUUGAAAGCACAUUUCGUAGAUCCAAAGCAGUUACCAAACCAGUGUUGUUCUACAUCAAGUAUUCGUAGUUUGUGACUCCGUGAGUCUAUGUAUACUGUAGCGUAAGGUUCAAUGUGUCAACCAAUUUCUGCUGCAUAUUCUUAGAUGUUCUUCGGAAUGUCUGCAUUAGCGCAAACUGUUGUCUUUUUUGGUU